AUGCCUAUCUGCCGGCUCGAGCAAUGGGUCCCUCGAAUUCGGGUGCCUAGCGCCCCACUACGCAGGUCAACCAACGACACAAUCUUCCCCCCCAUCCCUAACCAAUGGCGUGAAGCGCAGCGUAUCUCCUCUUCCGUCGUCUGCCGAUUCUCAACCUCGACCGUGCGAUCUGGGAACAAGCCUCGCCGAACUCCUAGAUCCACCAACGGGACCUCAGCCUCGAGCUCCAUCUUUGAUCAGCUCUUUCCCUCCGGUGAAGUUCCGGGUGUGACGCCCCGCACUACCAGGAUCGGUCUGGGUCCUGGUCCUUCGGCCAAUGCAAAAUCCCGAGAUUAUCUGGUCAGCAGUAAUGCCGCCACCGGGAAGGAUGUAUCCGUGGUUGAGGAUAUCACGUCUGUAAAUGAGGGGGAUCAUGACGUGAAUGAAAACCUCGCGGCCCCUGCGGCCAACGAGCCUGCCGUGCUCAUCAUCAGGAAUGGGAGCAGGUCAACCCUACCAAGUGACUUCUAUCGUGUUGCGCCGAGGAGCGCGCACCUCGAUGGCCGUGCUUGGUCUACGAUGCAAGCCAUUCAAGCACGGCACCCCGACACGAAGGAGCCAUUGGACAAGUAUCUCCUUCACUUCUCCUCCGUGGUAGAAGCCGUCGCUUACAAGCACGAACUUGAGCGACUCGUCGCAUCCGAAGUCACGCCCGAGGAGAAGGUGCGCAUGACUCUCGCGCCACCAGAUGCCUCGCUGAUGACCGUGGAGCUCGUCCAGGGAGCCAAUGCCGUCCAGCAAAUCGCCGGCUCUCGCCAUUCCAAAGACGUCCUUCGCCAUGGCCUUGACACGAGGAAUAUCGUCUUCGUCAAGCUGGAUGGCCACCAAUUGACCCUGAAGGAGCUCAAGGCGCUAAUCGGAGCUGAUGGCGAGCGUCGCAACUUGCCGUGGAAACUGAGCUCGUCUUGGGGUAGAGGCGGCAUUGCGGUAACCCUAAAGGGCGAGGUACCACGUGUUGUACCACCACCACCUGUAGCAGAUGCAGCCGGGGCGGGACCUGCCGUGGCGUCUGCAAGUGACGAGGCCGCUGCGCAGGCCGUGGAACCUUGGAAGGAGAAGCACCGGGAGGACCACUUCUCAAGAUUCUUUCUCUCUUUCCACACCGUACAUGACGCGCGAAGGUUUAUCCGCUCCUGGCAUAGACGUAGGCUUAACGUCAAGGAUGACGAGUCUCGUGUAAGCGUAAUGAACGCUUCGUUGAUAUGGUAG